AUGGCUGGAAUCUACUACGGUUUGGUGGUCUCGGCUCAGUGGCAGCACGACAACUGCUGCCGCAAUACAGCAGUGCCCACGAGCCAGCGUGAGGUAACGAGUCGGUUCGAAAACAAAUCAGCCAAUCACCGAGCGGUUAUCGAGAAGAGAGCAGGGGCUCCCUCCAAGGCGGACAGCAGCACCUGCGGUUGGCGUCGUGUGGACGGGCGGUACUCAAAGUCCGUGGCGGCAAUUUCAUUCUGCAAUUUCCCGACAGUCAACGACGCCAGCGCACUUGUUUCUUCGAGUUCGCAGUCGUCCGUUUCCCGUGGAGACCAGUCAGAGCGUCUUCGAUCAACUAACGGACCCAGUCUUUCUGUCGACGAAGCCUCAGGCUCCGCACCAGACACACCCCAAAUGGCUGGUGCCGCAGGUAACUCGUAUAUGUCCCUGGCGACGCCCAACGACGUCAAGAACUACACGAACGACGUCGGCCAGAUCCAGUGGGCGCAAGUGCCACUGAACGCCGCGCUUGACAAGCUCAAGUCGUCCCGUGAGGGUCUGACGUCCGAUGAGGCCGAGAAGCGUCUGGCCGAGUACGGCCCCAACAAGCUGCCGGAGGAGAAGAUCAACAAGCUGACGCUGUUCCUGGGCUUCAUGUGGAACCCGCUGUCGUGGGCCAUGGAGGUGGCCGCCGUGUUGUCGAUUGUGCUGCUGGAUUACGCCGAUUUCGCUCUGAUCCUGUUCCUGCUGCUGCUGAACGCAUGCAUCGGCUACUUGGAGGAGGUGCAGGCCGGCGACGCUGUGUCGGCUCUGAUGGGCCAGCUGGCGCCCGAGGCGAAGGUGUUCCGUGACGGUGAAAUUAAGAAUAUCCCGGCGGACCUACUGGUCCCCGGUGACGUGCUGCGUGUGCGUCUGGGUGACGUGAUCCCGGCCGACCUCAAGUUCCUAGAGGGUGACGCGGUCAAGGUGGACCAGUCGUCGCUGACGGGGCUACUCUGGUUCGGUUGUGAAGCAGGGUGA